AUGUCAUCAAUUCUCCGCCAGAUUGUCGCAGGUCCAAGACAACAACACCCAGAAGCAGGGCUAGACCUCUGCUACGUGACAGAGAAUGUCAUCGCAACCUCCGGUCCAUCAGCAACAUACCCCCAGCGCGCCUACCGCAACCCACUAGACGCACUCGUCAACUUCCUCGACACCAAACAUGGCGCAAACUGGUGCAUCUGGGAAUUCCGCGCCGAAGGUACCGGAUACCCAGACUCAGAAGUCUACGGACGCAUCCACCACUUCCCCUGGCCCGACCACCACCCACCGCCAUUCACGCAUAUCCCCAACAUAAUGGCCAGUAUGCGGAACUGGUUAAAACGACUAGAUGAAAAAGAAUUGCCCGACAUGGACACCAAUAAAAGAGAACGCGUCGCCGUCGUGCAUUGCAAAGCAGGCAAAGGGCGCAGCGGGACGAUCGCGUGCGCAUACCUGAUCAGCCAGGAGGGGUGGAAAAAGGAAGACGCGCUACAGCGGUUUACGGACCGGCGCAUGCGCGUCGGCUUCGGGGACGGUGUUAGCAUCCCCAGCCAGCUGCGGUAUGUCGGGUAUAUCGAUAAAUGGGCGAACGAGAUGGGGAAGCAAUAUGUCGAGCGACCGGUGGAGAUCCUGGAGGUUCAUAUCUGGGGGUUGAGGGACGGGGUCAAGGUUGCGGUGGAAGGGUAUGUGGAUGAGGGGAAGAAGAUUAAGUGUUUUCAUCUGUUUCACCGGAAUGAGCGUACCAUCGUUGAAAACGGGGGCUUGACGUCUGAGGAACAAGAUGUUGGCAAGGGGAGCGAUAUCACCGAACCGAACCCCAACUCCAAUCUCGACAUCAAAAAUCCACUCCCUUCGUCUGCGACCUGGUCCCCGGCGGUAUCGGGAUCUGGCGUCUCGGGCUCGUCCGCGCCAGGCCACAGUGUCUCGGCAAUAAUCUUCAAACCCCACAAACCAGUCAUUGUCCCCAACUCGGAUGUGAACAUCGACUUCGAACGCCGCAGCAAAGCAUCAUACACAGGUUUUGCAAUGGUAACUUCCAUCGCGCAUGUCUGGUUCAAUCCCUACUUCGAAGGCGGAGCCGAGCACGACUCGGGCAUCUUCGAGACAGAAUGGGAUGCGAUGGAUGGGAUCAAAGGGAGCGCCAGGAAGGGGAUCCGGGCGUUAGACAGGCUGAAGGUUGUAUGGCGGUAUCCUGCGGCGGAGACCGUGGAGGCCAGUGCAGCUAGCAAGACAAAAGGGAAGGGGAGGAAGAGCGAGGAUAUCGCGCCGGCAGCUGGGAUACCGAUUAGUGAGCCCAAACCUGGCGAUUCUAUCCAUGAAAGCGAGCCGCCUGAUUGGCGGGGAUUGCAGGGGGAUAAGGAGAGCCAGCGUCCUUCUGAGAGUUCGUCGCAGAAAAGUACUGCUACGAGUAUCUCGGACAAGACCAAGGAGCUGGGACAUGCGUUGGAGAAAGAACUUGGACUGCGGAAGCAGACAGGUGAUAGUCAGGAUGUUAGUCUUGCUGGAAGCGAUGAUGAGAGGAUUACUACCGAUGAUGAGGGCAAAGUUAAGAAGGCGCAUAGUGAAGGGCUUGAGGGAGUGAAGACGAAUUUUACGAAGAAUGGGGGGACAGAGUAA